AAGUUUGUUUCGGUUUUCAGUUUCAUAGCGCUCAAUAAAAUUUAGUAGUGAGAAGCACUGCAAUAGCGUAAGCAUUUUGGAAAAUCCAAGAAUUUAGGUCUUGAACUGCCUUACCGAUGCGGGAACAGUGCUAGAAUUGGGUACUUUAUCUCAUGUUGAAAAUGGAGUUGAAUACUCUUGUACUGAUGAUGAACCUGUCUAUGAAGGUUCUGGUGAAGAAAUCUCGAUAAUGCGGAUGGCUCCGAUGACAUCACUAUUGGACAUUUCCUCAUUUGCUGUAUCUCCAAGCGCUUCAAGGUUAUGUACUGUUUUUCUUCAAUCAUCGGCUGAACAAUUACUGAUUCCAAGAUUGGUGCAAACACACAAAGUGCUACCGACACGGGUACAACUAUGUUCUUUGAGUUCAUUCAAUCUCUGUCUCGCCAGAUAUAAGUUACAGGAUGCGUUGACGAUUACGACUGGACACUUUGUGAUUGGAAAAGGACUGUUAAAAUACUGUAACAUUCAAAAGAACGGACUCAAAGCGAGGAUUGAACCAAAAGGUCCGUAUAAUAUUAUCUGUGCCGAU